UACCUCGAUUAUUUUCUAUAUAUAUUUUUAUAUUUAGUCCAGUUCAUUUUCUGUGUUUUUUCCAACCGGACGAUACUCUCCGCUAACAAGCCGGUGACUAGGUUUCAUUUGAGUAGAUGCAUGUCAUGAUCACAAUUUCAGAAUAUCCGCGUAUCAAGUGUCACAGGCAGCAUGAGUACAUAAGAUCAAUCCCUAAACCCUAGACAGAGUCUCUGCGAAUCAAGCGCAUCACGGUUAGCAACAACUCAAAAUCUCAGACAUGCCAUCUCCCGGCCGCUUUAUCUCCCUCAAAAACCCUAAACCCCUCCCUCCUCUCUCUCACCUUUUCUCCUCUCCGUCUCCGUCUCUGUCAUCUCCUCCGUCAUCUGCUUCUCCAUCUCCGUCUUCGUUAUCUCCUCCACCUCUGAAAUCCAUUGUCGAUGACCUCUUCCAAGAAGCCAACCUCCAAGCCCUCGUCCAGAAAUUCAAAUCCUCAUCCCAAUGCCACCGCUUCCGCAGCAAGCACCGCAUCUACUCCGUCACCGUCCGCCGUCUCGCCUCCGCCAAUCUACACGACUCCAUCGCCGACAUCCUCAACCACCAGAAGCAAUUCCCUGAAAUAUCAACCGAAGGUUUCGCGGUCCGCCUCAUCUCUCUCUAUGGCCAAUCCCACAUGUUUGACCACGCCCGCAACCUGUUUGACGAAUUGCCCCAGUUAAACUGCCCCCGCACUGUCAAAUCCUUCAACGCCCUCUUAACUGCCGCUCUCAAUUCCAAGCUCUUCCAUAAAGUUACGGAGCUCUUCGAUACCCUGCCGCCUGAGAUCUCGGUAAAACCUGAUGUUUUCUCCUAUAAUAUCUUGAUUCAGGCGUUUUGCAAGAUGGGUUCUUUUGGCUCUGCUGUUUCAGUGCUGGACAUGAUGGAGAUGAAUGGGGUGAAACCGGAUUUGGUUACUUUCAAUAGUCUUUUAAAUGGGUUUUACACAGGGAGUCAGUUUUCGGAUGCGGAGAAGAUUUGGACGAAAAUGGAAGAGUAUAAUUGUGUUCCAAAUAUUAUUAGUUACAAUGAAAGAUUGAGAGGGUUGGUUUUGGAGGGGAAGACAGAGGAGGCUGUUAAGUUGGUUGGUGAGUUGGGGAGUCGGGGGCUGAAACCCAGCAUAUUCAGUUUCAAUUCAUUGAUUAAAGGAUAUUGCAAUGAUGGGAACUUAGAGGAGGCAAAGAGGAUUUUCAGUGAGCUAGUGAAUAAUGAUUGUGUACCGAAUCGGUGGACGUUUGAGAUUCUAAUUCCUCGUGUCUGUGAGAAGGGGGAUUUGAAUUGGGCGGUGAAGGUGUGUAAGGAGGGUAUGCAUCGGCGGCGUUCUGUCGAUGUGGGGGUUAUUCAGGUUGUGGUUGAUGCAUUGGUUAGGGAGUCAAGGGUGGAAGAUGCAAAGAAGCUUGUGGAAUUUGGGGUGUCCACAGGUUAUGCCGCUUGGUCUGGUUUGAAAUUGCCAUCUGGGGAUGAAUGAGAUUGCAUUCUUGUAUGAACUUGUUAGUCACUUGUUUCUGAUUGGUUGAAUUCAGCACAUAUUAUAUUGAUGAUAUUUUGUGUUUAACUUUGGGGUGUAUUUUAUGAAUUGCAACAUUUGUACUUCAUGUUUCCUUUUCUUUUCUGCUGCAAUUGUGAUGUACCUCUCAUUUUGUGGUCGGAAAUGAAAUGCUUGCCUUAUGGUCUGUUUGACGCCCUCCAACCUGUGGAUUUUCGUACCUGCAUCUUCUCUCAUUGUGAAUUGCAGGGUGGAUGUUCCUACCCUUUUUCAUAGUCAAAUUUGAAGACGGGUAAAAUUAGCCUAGUCAUGCAUGGCACAGGAGUUUGUCCAGGAAGGCCAUCAGUUUAGUGUGCAUUGGAGCACUUGCAAGUAUUUUUUUUCUGGUUAGAAAUAAUGCAAUUCUCUUCUGUUAGGCAUUUUAGGUGGUGUGCAUUUUGCUGAUUUUUGUCAAUUGCUUCCUGAUUUCCAGAAACACAAAUUUUUUUUCAUGCUGCUUGUAUUUCUGGUGGAAAAGCUCCAUUCAGGUCAUCAAUUUCUGAUAGCAUCUGAAUAUGUGUCAUGGUUUCAGGAUUUAUAGCCUGCAGUUCUUUGUUGUAUUUGAUUCAGCCAACAAGGAUUUCAUCUAAUGCCACUGACUGAUGCUGUUUCUGCAUUCUUAUGUUGGAUUAUUUUCAUCUGAUGCAACAUAUAAUAUUCACGUUUUUUAUGGAUUCAUACAUCGGAGGCUAUAUUCAUACCAAGGUUGUUUCCCACAAGAUGCACGACAAAAUGAACUCCUUGUUUCAUAAAUGUUUCUUAUCAUUGAUAAUAAGAAAGAAGCCCUUGGGCCAAGAAGUUUGUCGAGCAAUGGAUUGGCGUGGUAUUCCAUUGGAGAGGUUGCAAUUGUGUCACGUGAGAUUAGUUGUACAUUGACACAGAACUGCAGAAUAUGUGGGAUUCAUCUUCUUGGGUCUUGGCUACACAAUGUAUGGAUUGCCUGAAAACCAAAGACAGGUUAAUCUGGUUCCGCAUGCAGAUGAAUCCAACCUGUAUCCUUCGGUGGUCAGCAUCAUGAAUGGAUAAGCUCUUAGAAAGCUGAGAUGCAAAACUUUCGAUGCUCUGUUUGGAGGACUUGUUUAUUUGGCUGCUUCAUAACCUUAGAGAGAUCUCCAUCGAAAUGGAUAGAUGCUGCAAGACUGAUUGCAGAAGCUACCAUUUAUAACUAGAGCAAAAUUACAGUUAGUUUAGAGGAAGAUCCUGGCCUAAAAACAUUGUUUGGCAGGUGAUCUUGGACAUUGUGCAUCUAAAGCUGCUGUUCUCAAAAUAUCAUGAUACUCCUGCUAGCUGCCUUUUCAACACUGAUUAGGACCUUUCAGACAGCAAUCUGCCAAGAAGAAUUAGAAGACUAAUCAACCAUCCUUUGAAAUUAUUGUAAUUCUUGUUAGUUAUGGUGAAGCUAUGGUGGUUAUCAUUGCUCGCAUCCCAGAAUAUUCUUCAUCCUCUGGAAUGACGCAGGUCAGACCCUUCCUGCAAAUAAGGGGAGGCUAAACACAACAAAUUCCUUGUAUCAGGUCUUUCUUAGGGUGCUUCAAUUCUGCAAAAAACAUAAUUGGGAGCAGCUCUAUCAACAUCAGAACCAAUUCAGCUCAAAUUAUCCAUGCAAUAUCUGAUCCAAAAUGGGCCGCUUGUGAUGAUUUCUCAGCCAUUAAGCUAAGGAUGGAUACAUAAGCUCGGUGCAGCCUAUCAGACUAUGCAAACUAGAUUUAAUGAUUGGUCGACCAAUUAAGCAUGGACUUCCGAGAGCUGGACCUAUUGGCUGGUAAUAAAAAUCAAUCUUGCCUUUUUAAUGUAAUUAGGUUCUCUACCUUUUUUGUUGCUUGUAAUUUUGGAUUUUCACCUCUUGGCUGGAAAUAAAAAUCUUAGUUUUCAAAAAAUAAAAUAAAAUCCAUUUAUGAGGUA